UCUACAAGCCACGAGUUGAUAGAGUUUGUAAAGAGAAACGCAGCAGCCGGACUGGUGCUCUAAACUGAACACAAACAAACAGAUAGAUAUGAUGCUGCUUAGCCAACCUCCUCUAUCAACCCGAAAAUGCUCUAUCAAUCUUAAACUAACAAACCCCAAUUCACCUCCUUUCUCUAAAUCAAAAUCCAAAUUCAUCAUUGGAACUGGAACUAGAAGAAACGCUUCUAAUUCUAGACCUCUCAAUCUCACCCUGGCAAAAGCCGACGGAACUGUUGAUUCUAAUGCCGCCGCCAAACAACCUACUUCCACUUCUCCUCCUUUUAACAAUCAAGAUACAGUUUUUGUCACUCAAGAGGAUAUUCCUUUGGAAGGCGUUAUCCAGUUCGAUAAACCCGAUUUCUCUUCUCGUAUAAAUAAAUGGGGUCGUGUGGCUCUGCUUGCUGGUGGGGAUGUGUUGGCUUUAUUUCUCUUUUCUGCAGUUGGAAGAUUUAAUCACGGGUUCUCAGUUUUUGACGUUGAAACACUGCGUACAGCUGACCCUUUUAUUGCUGGCUGGUUUCUGAGUGCCUACUUUCUUGGGGGGUUUUCGGAGGACGGUCGUGGAAUGAAUGGUCAAUCUAAGGCUGUUUUAGCUGCUGCUAAGUCCUGGGCUUUGGGGAUUCCAUUGGGAUUAAUUAUAAGGUCAGUAACAUCAGGCCAUAUUCCACCAUAUGCCUUCAUCUUAGUGACAAUGGGGAGUACUGCUGCUCUACUUAUUGGAUGGAGAGCACUGUUGUUCAGCUUUCUUCCCAAUGAUAACAGCAAGAAAAAUGAUGUGUAUCGUCGUGGCAACCCAUUUGAAUUAUUUGAGUUGCUGACAUCAUUGGUAAGAAGGUGGUAACAAUAAUAGCUUUUUCAUGUGUGCUUGUACCAUAUGCAUGGGUUAUUUCAUCGCACUAUAUUAAUUUUCUUAGUUGCUUGUGCAUAUGUUUUGUACUUAUGAGCUAUAAAUUGUAAACAGGUAAGAAAAAAUAUUGGGUAGAUGCUAAUCAUAUGUGAAUUUUGAUACUUUAAUUUCAAUACUGUAGCACUUGUUUGAACUCUUCUGUGUAUAUUUUCUUCCUUUGACAUUUAGCUUGUGUAUAGCGGAAAACUAUGUAAAGCAGUGGUAACUUAUCCGAAAACUGCUCUUUUUGGUCAG